AUGAGUGGGUGCCCGUUUUUUGGAAACAGAGUGGGAUCUUCUUUGAAACAUUUAUCUCUAGAAGACAGUGAAGAAGACAAAGCUCAAACUGGUGAGAACAGAGCCAGCAAAGGUGGACUCAUCUACGGGAACUACUUGCAGUUGGAAAAAAUUUUGAAUGCUCAAGAACUUCAAAGUGAAAUAAAAGGAAAUAAAAUCCACGAUGAACACCUUUUUAUUAUAACUCAUCAAGCUUAUGAACUCUGGUUUAAACAAAUCCUCUGGGAACUAGAUUCCGUUCGUGAGAUUUUUCAAAAUGGCCAUGUCAGGGAUGAGAGGAACAUGCUCAAGGUGAUGACUCGGAUGCACAGGGUGGUGGUCAUCUUCAAGCUCCUGGUGCAGCAGUUCUCUGUGCUGGAAACAAUGACUGCCUUGGACUUUAACGACUUCAGAGAGUACCUAUCUCCAGCAUCGGGCUUCCAGAGUUUACAGUUCCGACUGCUAGAAAAUAAGAUAGGUGUUCUUCAGAGCCUGAGAGUCCCUUACAACAGGAGACACUAUCGCGGUAACUUCAGAGGAGAGGAGAGUGAGCUCUUGCUGAAAUCGGAGCAGGAGCAGACGCUGCUGCAGCUGGUAGAGGCAUGGCUAGAAAGAACACCUGGUUUAGAGCCGCAUGGAUUUAACUUCUGGGGAAAGUUUGAGGAAAAUAUCCUGAAAGGUCUAGAAGAGGAAUUCCUAAGGAUUCAGGCUAAGGAAGAGUCUGAAGAAAAAGAGGAACAGAUGGCCGAGUUCCGGAAGCAGAAGGAGGUGCUCCUCUGUUUGUUUGAUGAGAAGCGCCAUGAACAUCUCCUAAGUAAAGGUGAACGACGACUGUCAUACCGUGCACUCCAGGGAGCUCUGAUGAUCUAUUUUUAUAGAGAGGAACCCCGAUUUCAGGUCCCUUUCCAGUUGCUGACCUCACUUAUGGACAUAGACACGCUCAUGACCAAAUGGAGAUAUAAUCAUGUGUGCAUGGUGCACAGAAUGCUUGGCACCAAGGCUGGUACUGGGGGAUCUUCAGGCUAUCAGUACCUACGCUCAACGGUGAGUGACAGGUACAAAGUGUUUGUGGAUUUAUUUAACCUCUCAACAUACCUGGUUCCCCGACACUGGAUACCCAAGAUGAAUCCGACCAUUCACAAAUUCCUUUACACAGCUGAGUGCUGUGACAGCUCUUACUUCAGCAGUGAUGAGUCGGAUUAAAUUCUUCUGGAUAUCUGUGAAAACUACAGCAUUCUUAGUCCGUCUUCUAUUUUAUAAGUUUUUAUGAAUACAUGUUUGGAGUAAUGUAUUUAUAUAUGUAGCUCAGUGUCAUGGU